AUGACUCGCUUCGCGAUUACGCUCCCGUUGCUGGCGUCGGUUGUCAUGGCCUUGCCCUACUCGUUCACUUUCAAAUGCCAGCCCCAUAAACAUGGCAUUGGGGGUCGUCUUUCAAGCACACCGGUUGUUGUCCUUGAGCAGCCGGGGGCUCAGGCUCUGCCAGCUCCUUCUCCCUCGCUGGCCAGCCAGGUUGCCCUCGAGAACGGCCCCCCUCUGCACAGUAGCCAAGGCGGACGCCAACCCCCAGCGAACCCGGUUCAACCUAUCCAGGCUUCACCACCGCCAGUUCCAAAGACCACAAAGAUCAAAAUCCCACUUGGCUUCACUUCGAUUCUUUUCUCGGAUGACUUCUCUGGUCUGGCCCCCGGAUCACCCCCCUCACCAUCCAAAUGGAUUAUCGACACUGGGACCUCAUACCCCGGCGGGCCAAUGAACUGGGGCACCAAGGAGAUCCAGAUGUAUACGGACUCGCCAUCCAACCUGGCCACCACCGAGGCCGGCACCCUGCGUAUCACUCCCAUCGGUCCUGGCCACGGCGUCGGCAUGGGCGGGAGGUGGACCUCGGCGCGCAUCCGGACCAAGCCUGAGCAUGAUUUUGCCCCAAAGGUGGGCAGGAUGACGCGGGUUGAGGCUCGCCUGCGGGUCGGUGCCGGUGACGCACAGGCCGGUAUCUGGCCAGCCUUUUGGUCCCUUGGGGCGGCCUACCGAGACAACUACCAAAACUGGCCGAGCGUCGGCGAGGUCGACAUCUUCGAGACGGUCAACGGGUUGCCCUCGGCGUGGCACACCGUCCAUUGCGGAACUUCAGCCGUCGGUGGACCGUGCAACGAGGGUGUGGGAAUCGGAAGGUCGGUGCCUAUGAGCAGAGGAGAGUUUCAUACCGUCGCGGUCGAGAUUGAUCGGACAGGAGGCCGGCAUUGGAGUGAAGAGACACUGCAGUGGUCUAUCGACGGGAUAGUAACCUUCACCCUGGUUGGUGCCCGUGUGGGUGAUGAGACGGCAUGGAGGAGCCUGGCUCACAGCCCGAGAUUCCUGUUGCUUAAUGUCGCUGUCGGUGGUGGAUUCCCUGACGCCGUGGCGGAUACGCGGACGCCGGCGAUGUCGACUAUCGGGGGUGUCGACGCUGCUUUGGAAGUAGACUAUGUUGCUGUAUUUGGUACAUGA